CAGUAAAACUCGUUAUACACCUGGAACUAAUAAUAAUCUACUGUGCCUAGAAGAUACAUGAUUAGAUUACUACAUACAUUGACUGGUCUCAUCAUCUUCUUCAUCUCCUUGCAACCUUUGUAUCAGCAUCGACAGUUCGGACAUUUUUGCCUAUUUCAUGAUCCUCGAUCACUACUGUACAUCCCAGGGGUUAGGAUGUCCGACCUGCAUACAAUCCCAAACACAAGGAGCAACACACAUACCACCUGGCAGGUACCACUACCCGCGACACAGUGUCCAAUCUACUCCUAAGUCGAUGGUUGUUCCUGUUUAGUCAUGAUAUCGACCCCAUCGGAGCCCUGGGCAUAGCGCCUUCAUUGGUCGGGGAAGUGACAGGAGUGGAUGUCCGCUGGUUUCAGGGCUGUACUUAGUAGUGGUGGUGGUGGCCGAUGAUGGAAUGAUCCAAGCCACCGACAAGCUGG